UGUAUAAUGUAUAAUAUACUCUACUUACACAAAUGUCAAGCACGGUAUCAGAUGGCCUGCAACACGUGUUUUUUAUUUACACACAAGAUUAUACAGUUAUCAGAAUACGAAUUGUUGUGAAGAAUGUGAAGUGAAAAUAGGUAGAGAAAUGUGCAUAAUAUUUAAUAACAUAAUUCUUAUGCAAUGAAUUUCGCCCAGUCCUAAGUACAUGGUUAAUUUAAUUUUUAUCGUGGACGCAACAUUGAAACGCGUCGAAUGAAAGUAACACGUCAUCAGUAUUGAAUGAAUCCUAUAAGAUAGCUGGCAAUCUAUAUACCUAAACUCUAGAGUGAUAUAUUAAAUUUGACUGCUUCAACAUGGACGACUGGGUGGAAAACAUUGUAGAGCUAGAAUCGAACAUUGAGUCAUAUCCAAAUCCAGGAACCAAAGUGUUUCAAUAUGGUACAUCGGGCAUUCGUUAUAAUUCUGAACACUUAGACCAUGUCCUGCAUCGGAUGGGCUUGCUGGUCGCUUUGCGCUCAAUACAUUUGAAAUCAGCAGCAGUUGGGCUAAUGAUAACAGCUUCGCACAAUCCGCGAGAUGAUAAUGGCAUCAAACUCAUUGACCCUCUAGGGGAAAUGUUGGAAAGCUCAUGGGAAGUGUAUGCUACUAAUUUGGCAAACGCCCCUAACAAUCAGGAUGUAUGUGCCAUGCUCAUAAAUAUCGCUUCUGAGAAUAAUAUUGACAAAAAGUAUACACCUCGUGUGUUCAUUGGUCGUGAUACCAGAAAUUCUGGCAAAAGAUUAUUGGAUGCUGUAUUAUGUGGUGUUAAAGCUUUUAAAAGUAAUGUUGAGGAUUUCGGUAUAAUAACAACACCAAUGUUACAUUUUUUUGUGAGAUGUUAUAACACCAAUGGCCUAUAUGGUCAACCAAAUGAACAUUCUUAUUAUACUAAAUUAACAAACAGUUUUAAAACUUUGCGUAAAAUGUGUUUAGAUUUAAAAAAUUAUGAUCCUGUAAUAGAAUUUGAUGGUGCUAAUGGGGUAGGUGCUUUAAAAAUGAAAGAUGCAAUCAUACAUUUAGAAGAGACAUUGGUAAUUAAUAUGCAUAAUGAUGAUAUAAAGAAUACAGAAAAACUAAAUUACAAAUGUGGUGCAGAUUUUGUGAAAUCAAACCAAUGCCCUCCUACCGGAAUGACUAUUAAACCAUACUCUAAAUAUGUAUCCGUAGAUGGAGAUGCAGAUAGGAUAGUUUAUUCUUUUGUUGAUGAAAACAACAAAUUUUAUUUAUUAGACGGUGAUCGAAUCGCUACUCUUGUGGCUGGUUAUAUAAAAGAUUUAUUAAUUGCUUCUGGUCUUGAUAUCAACAUAGGGUUAGUGCAAACUGCUUAUUCAAAUGGAAAUUCUACAAAAUAUGUAACUGAUAAAUUGAAAGUACCUGUUGCAUGUGUUCCAACAGGGGUGAAAUAUCUUCAUCAUAAAGCCAACGAUUAUGAUGUUGGUAUUUAUUUUGAAGCAAAUGGUCAUGGAACUAUAUUAUUUAAGGAUGCUAUACGAGAACUUAUUCGAAAUCAAUAUACUGUUGAAGUGGAUGAGACAAAAUCACUAGCACUAAAGAAAUUGAUUUGUAUCAUGGAUAUGACUAAUGAAACCGUGGGUGAUGCUUAUUCUGACAUGUUGAUCGUCGAGUCUGUACUUUGUGAACGAGGAUGGAGUAUAAGUGAUUGGUAUGGAACAUAUUCUGAUUUACCAAAUCGUCUGAAACAAGUUAUUGUUAAGGAUAGAAAUACAUUUGAGACUGGUGACGCUGAAAGAAUUUGUUUAAAACCACUAGGUCUUCAAGAAAAAAUAGAUUCUAUUGUGUCAAAGUAUUCUAUGGGAAGAUCAUUUGUCAGACCCUCUGGAACAGAAGAUCUGGUAAGAAUUUAUGCUGAAGCAGACACUCAAAUGAACGCAGAUAAACUUGCUGUUGAAAUUGCUACCGCUGUGUAUGAUAUAGCUGACGGUGUUGGGAAAAAACCAGAAUAAACUAAAUUUUUUAAAUAACGAUUCAAUGUGUUCAAAUAUAGUAAUUAUCCAGGGUUAAUAAAACAUAAGUGAUAACGAAAUUGCAUACUUCUAUGCUGGUAUAGUUACUUUAAUUAUUCUAAAAUGUUUAUGUUCGGUUAUUAUUGCGUUACUUAUUUU